AUGAAUGGUAACGGCUCAGAGACCUUCUCAGUGCGUGAACUCAGAGCGAAGCUUCAAGAAAAAAUUGGGGAGACUGUCGCUGAAUUCAAGAUUACUGCAACAGGUAGGAGAUGUGUUUUUAUUCGCAAUCUUGCUCAACUUUCUUCUAAUCGUUAUUAUAUUUUUGAAAUGCGUUUAUCUCAAAUUGAUUUGAACAUUCAUUCGAUCUUUUUCUCCAAUUGUGUUCUUUUCCAGUUACUUGUUCAGAUACGACUCAACUUGAUAUUAUUUUUAGUUUUUAUUUCAAUCACUGAUAAAAAAAAUGUUCAACUUAUUUUAAAAAAUCUAAAAUUAAAAAGUGAUUUUUUUCGGAGAUCUAGGUAUUUGUACAAAAAGAUUAUAAUAUUCUUAAUCACGUAUGUUUUUUCUUCGUGUAGUUUUUGGGUCUUUGAAAACUUCACCUGCAAAUUUUUUUUUUCGGUGGUAUGAAAAAAAGACAGCGACUUUUCCGAUUUUUUCGUAUCGCUAGGGAACUUUCCGACGGUCACCUUUCCGACGAAUCUUUUUUUCCGACUUUUUUCCUUUAAAUUUUUCGGUUUAUGAAUUAUCUAUUAACAUCUUUUUCAUAUUUCUUUGUGUUUUUAAUCAUGAAUAACUUGCCUACUUUAUAUAGGAAGAUUCAAAAAAAAGAUUUUAUCGAGAAAAAAAGUCGGAAAAAGAUUCGUCGGAAAGGUGGCCGUCGGAAAGUUCCCUAGCGACAUGAAAAAAUCGGAAAAGUCGCCGUUUGAAUUUUCGCUGGUCUUUUUUUAUACCACCUUUUUUUCUGAUGAUUUUGGACUUGCCCAUACAAUCUUCAAAUGGAGUUACAUAAAAGAAGUGCUUUGAGCUUUUUUUUUUUUUUUCUUUUGAAGUUCGAUUUGACGAAUUUUCCUCUAAAACUAAAGUUGGGAGAUAUUUUGUUUUGCAAAAGCUAAUUCAUUUCUUUUUCUAUUUAAAUAGAUUUUUUAACAUUUAAUACACGUUAAAAACCUUCGAAAACAUGCGAGAACCUAGUAAAAACAUCAUUUAGUGGUCUUUUCCCAACCACUAAAUCCAAAACUUGAAUCUCAUCCACGCGGCGGAAUUGCAAUAAACACCGCCGCUGUUGCAUUCAGCCACCCUACUGACCAGAGCCUUCGCAUGCUGCUGAGUAGCACUCGCGGUUGCUAGUGCUGAUCACCAGUUUAACCCCAGCCGAGCACCCGAAAAGCAAUUUUUAGCCGCGAAUAGACCCCGUUGAAGUCCAGCGGAUCUACGCAAACGCCCAGUUCACGCGCUGAGCCCCUGUUUAGGCCCAGGCGAUCACCCGAAACGUUAAAAAAAACACCGGGUGAUCGGCACUACUCUGCCAAAAUGGCGCACGGUGCAGUCUAGCCUUUUUCACUUGAUUUUUUGAUGCCACACGGGUGCAUAGGUGUCAAAACAGUGCUUUCAGCAUGUGGCACCAGUGCGGCACCAAAAAAUCAUCUAUAUUGCACGGUGCACGCCCAAGUUACGUACGGAAGUGCAAAAGGCUAGACUGCACCGUGCGCCAUUCUGGCAGAGUAGCACCCCGUCGUAAAAUUAUGACGUAUUAGCCCAACGGAUGCUACUCACCAGCAUGUGAGCUGCCCCUUGUUUGGGAACUGUGUAUACAUUUCUUUGGUCAAGAAAGAAAUCCGAAAUAGAAGAACUUUUAGGUUGAUUGAAUAACUACUAUGUUCAAGAAAAUAAUUUUAAUUAAAUUUUUCAUCUUUUUCCACUUUUUGAGCUUUUAUUUACUGGUGAAAUUUUUUUUUCAUUCUGAGCGGAGCUCAUACCUAGCUCGUAUCUAUGUCAUAUUCAAACGAAAAUUGUCUUUCGUCAGUUUUACAUUCAUCUUUUAAAGUUCAUUCUUUUUUUUCAGAAUUCACACGGCCAAGUAGAUCGGCGCCGGUGGUGCCUCCUCAUAGGAGUCCGGUGCCAGUUCCGACGCCAAAUGGGGUACGCGCAAGCGGAAAAAGGCCGCAAAUUGCGCCAAAGCCGCUUCACUUGCACGCAAAGGUGAAUUUGAGAGGAUCGUAAAGGCAAAAUGAAAAUAACAAACAUCCACGGGCGAGUCGACCCUUGGCAGGUGUGUCAAUACGCCACUGAAAAAAAAACGAUCCGAGUGACUAGUAAGUGUCCUCCGAGGCGGAAAUGAUGCCUCCAUUUUGAUCGAUUCGACAAUACUUUACAUUUGACUUUUCACUGAUCGUCUCGUUUUUUUCAUUUUAUUUCUCUCUCGCCAGAAGUUGCGUCAACUUGAUCUUUGCUUUUGUUAUUUUUAUUCGAUUCACGCAAUUUAAACACUCUAGAGAUUAGAAAUUUUUUUCUUAUGAUGCUUCAAAGAGAUUGGGGGAGAAAACUGGAGCGAACGAUAAUUUCUGAUAUCAUGUGAUGGGAAACAAAGUGGUUGAAAUGUGUCUGAAAAAGUUGAAAGUUUGAAAAACUUCAAAAUGUUUUCUGGUGAUAUUCAUAGUUUCAUUGUUUCAGUAAGCUAGAUAAAAAUUUUAAAUUUUUUACGCAUUCAAAAAAUGAAGAGCUUUUUAUAUUCAAACAUCAGUUGAACAUAAUUUAAACUACAUUUUAUAGGAAGGACAAAUUUAAUCAUUGAGUGGAGCAUUAGAGACGCGUGAAAAAAAAGUUUAUCUCUCUCUUUUCCUUUCCCAAUUUCCUAGUUUAGCAAAUCUAUAGUUUUUAGAGCUUCGGAGCUGUUGGAAAAGCGUUUUGGAUGUUAAAAUAAAUAGUGAUUUGUGGAUAUAUGUUUCUGAAAAUAAGAAAACGUUUCUGUAAUUUUAUACGUUGUACUGUAACAUUCAUCGUUAUUCUUUCAGAACAUAUCUUGAAAAGUUUUUCAACUAUCCUAUUAAAGAAAACGACGGAUCAAACGCCGACGUCGGUGAGCGCAAACUGCGCUUUGGAGACGUCUCCGCCGCCUUCAAUAGUCGUUUCUCCUUCAGAGUUUCCUGAAGUCGAGUCUUGUCCUGUCAAAGACACCGGGGCCGACGAAACUGUCUGUUGUACUUUUUCUGGCCGCAAUUUCGAGUUUUUUUUUUUUGAAGAUUUGUGGCGAUGUUCGCGGUAGAGCGAAAAUGUUCGAAGAUAUGGGUUUCAUCCCGCGCUCACCUCCAUCGGCCAAUAACGAAAGGUAUCUUUCCAAGGGCAAUAUUUGUUUCAAAUUAUGAGAAACUUUUUUCAUUAAUAUUUUUAAAAGCUUUUUUUCAUAGGUUCAUUUUAAAAAAAUUAAUUACCGAUUUUUUUAGUGUUUUUUUAAAAAUUUUUUUAUUAAAAAAAUAGCUUUUUUUCAAGGAUAGUCGUUGAAUGUAUUUUUGUGGAGAAUUUUUCAGUUUCAAUCAUUAAAUAGCUACUAUAUUCCCGUUUUUAAUUCUUUUUUUUUCGAAUUUGCAGGCCUCUGUCCGAAAUCUCAACCCUUUCUGUGACGAGCGCUGGCGACUACGACGCCGAGUCGAGUGGAAGCGAAGACGAAAAACUCCGUCGGGGAUCUUUCCUCUCCAGACAAGCCGAAGACCAAACUUUCGUCGCAUUUUCACUGCCGGAAACGUUAAUUUUUUAGUUUUCUAUAAUUUUUACAGCAAUAAAAACUUCUCACGAAUAUCUUCAACAUUUUUCUGACUUUUUUAGUUAUUUUACUUCUUUGUAGGCGGGCAACAAGCAUAUGUUCCAAUUGAAAUUAAAGCAGACAAAAAGAUGUGAUCUCGAUUUCAGAGUUUUCAACUUCUAAGUUCUGAACACUUUCAAUUUUACGAAUUCUCUAUCACAUGAGAUUCAUUAUGUAAUUGAUUCCACUUAUUCCAAGAUGUUUUCAGGAAAACCACAGUUGACUCUCGACAUGCAGAUAUUAUGAACGAAAUGCAACGAAAAGGCCUCAUCAGGUUGUUUUUCCUGUUCUCCAUAUAACUGUGACCAUUUCUAACUUUUCACGUUCCAGAAAUAGUUAUAUGGACAAUCGACGGCGGAAAAGUCUGACUCAGUCAGAGCUGAAGCCGUCGUCUUCUGCUCAGGAAAUCGAGCUUCCCAGUGACGUCGGACGAGUAAGAGAGGAGAAGGUUCGAUGAUCGUCCAGAAAUUUAUCAGAAUCAAAUUCAAAUAAUCAGAUUUUCAUCUAUUUCAAAAUAAUUUUGGUUUUCUUUCGUUGAUUUUUAUUGUUUUAUUCUUAAUAAUUGUCUAGAGAAAUGAAACCCAGAAGUUUUUUCGAAGGUUUGAUGCUUUGAACUUAAUGUUGAAGUUAUUAUUUAGACUCGAUUUCUUCUCAAAAAGUGGAAUUUGCUCGACUUCAGGGACGCCAAGAUCACCUGACGGUUUCUUCGCCUGCGGAUUUCGCCGAUGAUAGUUCGAGGCUGGACAGUAUGAUGAGCGACCGAAGCAGCAUUUCCACGGCCCAGAGCAUUUUCAGUGAAAAUGUUCCUGACUACGACACCGGCGAUCCUGAUGAGGUUAUAUUUAUUGUUCAGAAUCAGAAAAACAUCUACUGAUCACAUAAAAAAAACUAGUUGGAUCACGAAGAAGUGAGAGAUAAGAGAUAUAAGAUUAAAACCAGAGUCUAAAAAUUCUCGGAAGAAAAUUUUUUCAGUGAGAGUGAAAAUAUGUGAAACCAAGAAAAUUUCGAAAAAUGACUUGAUAAAAUUUUCUGAUCGGAAUUCGCUCCAAGAACAAUAAGAAAAAGAUUAUUGUCUACUGAUAGUUUUUGUGUGGAUUUUGAAAUUCGAUAGCAGUUUUUUCCCCAAUUUCUUUCAAGAUAUAUAUGAAGAUUAUGAAUAGUCGCUUUGUGCAAAAACUUCUAGUUAGUAUGGUGAAAAUUUUGUUUGUGUACAACACGAAGUUAGACCAACAAUGAAAAAUCCGCAACUCUCAACCAUAAUAUCCUACUAGAAGUACUUUGAAGCAGGGGUGGAAGAAAUGAGGGGCCCUCCCGGGCGCAACAUGCCCGCCUCAGCCAUCAGGCCUCUGAGAAGAAAUGAGCCGCGUCAUUAUGUGUCGAUGGCGUAUAAUACCACGUUGCAAAAGUAGGGCGAAAAUGGUCAUUUUUGUUCAUUUUUUUCAUUAAAUCGUGGAUUUCGCAAUUUUUUUCAAUAAUUUUUAUUAAUUUUUUUCAGUGGAUAUGAUGUCCAGUUGAACUUUUUUUAUGUGAAGUACGGAUAUAUUUGUUCUUUUCUUUAGGCGAAAUGUUCCAGAUUAAUGGUUACGAACCCGCUGACUAGUGAGAGAAUAAAUUUCCGUCGCCACCAAAUUGGAAAUUCAAAAAACCUUGUUUUAAAGCUUCGAAAACAACGAUUUUACAAUAUUUUAGAAGAUUCCAAUUUUUGCGCGUUCUUUUUCUUCCGAUGGCGUUUUUUUGCCAUCGCGGUUUUGGCCCCGGGCGCCCUGGGCAGCGACUUAUCAAGAAAUGGCCAUGGCGGCCUACGUCGGUUUAGAAAUGUAAACGCUUGAAAACGCUUAGGGGCGCCAUUUCUCCACCUCUGCUUUGAAGUGUGCUCAGCUAUCUUUAUCAAAAUUUUCAGAGAACUUUUUUUAGAGAAAAGUUGGACUUAGUGCAAAUAUUGCAAAUGUUAAAAAAAGUAGGAAAAUGAACAAUUUCUCUUAGGAUAAACGCUUGAAACGACUUCAUUAUGCUGCCAUCGAGUUUACCACCGUGCAGAGAGCUUUCGUCGUAUAUCUGCGAGACAUGACCGGGGUGAAUAUAAUAUUCCUCCGAAAUAAGACCAUUUCCGUGAGCUUCUUACAGAUGUAUCCAAACUAUCUCGAAGAAUACGGUAAAAGAAUGGGCAUAGACCUUCUUGCGCCGCUCCCCAACGGACAAGAAAACGUUGUUCGGCAGAUCCAGAAGAUUCUUCUCCAACUGCAACCCUUUCACGAACUUCUACUCGAGCAGUUCACCAAAGUCACGUCCAAUUGGUAGGUUUCAAAAGUUACAAAAGUUAAAGUCACGUCCAAUUGGUAGGUUUCAAAAGUUACAAAAAACUUCUUUCUGGGUAUAAUAAUAUGAGGAAAACGGAGAGAAAGCAGAACGAAACUGGAAAUCAAGACAUUUUUUUGUUUAUACUUCUCAGAAAGAAAAAAUAAUGUGUGAGUUUUCAGAGAUUACUUGAUCGUUAAAAAGCAUUUUUUAUCCCUGAGCUUUUAUUUAACAUUUUCUUUUGAAAAAUUUUAGUUAAUCAAAAUACAAAUAACUAGAAAUGUAUUGUUUAGUUAUUUCUGCUGACGUUUUUUUCGAACAUUCGACUUACCUUGACAUGCACGACUACAUCUUUUUUUGCACUAAAAAAAGGAUAAAGUUCAAAAAAAUUUGAAAGAAUUUUUUUACAUUAUCAAAAAAAUGAGAAAAAAACGUCAGGAAAAAGUCUUUUUUUUUUCUAACGUGAAAGCUCUUUUUUUGAACAUUUUUUUGGUAAUUACAGGGAUUCACGGAAUCCAAACCUGGCUUGGGUUUUGUUGAAGUACGGAGAUGUUCUCAAGAGUUGCAUGCUUUUCGUGACGAGCAAGAGCGAUUUCCUCCAACAAAUCACCCUUAUGAGAAGUGAGAACAAAGAGUUCGAUGAAGCCACGACUUUGGUUUGUCUAAGAAAAUCUUCUGAGUUGUCUAAAAAAAAAUAUUGUUUUGUAGUUCGAAACGAAAUUGUUCAAACACGGAACGAAAGGCGCAGUUGGCCAGCAACUCGAUCAGGUGCAUCAGAAUCUGUUGAGGUUUUUCUGUUGAAAUCAAGGCAAUUUUAUAAUAAUUAAUCCAACAGGUAUAAAAUUCUAAUGCUACGUUAUAACGAGUACUUGGAGAAAGGCAGCCGAGAAAGUAUCGAAGGCGCAGGUUCCCUUUUCUUUUUCUGACUGUCAGUAGAAUCGUUUUUUCUCAGCGGUAGUCACCAAGUUAGAGAACAUUGCUCAGCAAGUGAGCAAUCAGCUGGGCCUCGCCAGCAACCUUCUGCAGCUCUACGAUCGCUUCCAGGUUCUUUUUUUCACAGACUUGAAAAAAACAACAAGGGAAGUUUUUAUAUUUGGGCGAAGUUAGUCUGUACCACGACAUUUUUUGAGAGUAAAUGGGCCAUUUUUGCCAUCAAUUACGAUUUGACUGUUUUUUGCGCUUUCAAGGGUCAGUUCAACGUCUUCGAACCGGGUCGACUACUCCUCAGACAAGCGGAAGUUCUGAAGCAGACACGGAAAGAAACGCAGCCGCGGCAUCUCGUUCUGGUACCUUGGAAAUUACUUUUCCUUCUGAACCCUCGAUUUGAGUUCACCGACUGCCUCUGGCUGUGCCGGACGACGAGCUCUCAAGUGUUCGACAUGCCGCGAUCCUACCGAAUCCCGAUCAGCGGCUGCCGCCUCGACCGUCGGCCCCACGACGAUUACGCCUGCCAUCUCUUCAUUCGCAGCAAAGUCAAGAGUGCCACCGUCAUUUUCGAGUUGGUACAGUCCUUCCUCCUCCAAUCAAAGAGUGAAAAGAAAGAAAAUAUCUUUUUGAUUUCUUCCAAACAAGUACGCCACAGACGCUUGCUACUACAGCUCUAAAGCUCAUUUUUCGCCCAGUCGGUUACUUCGAGUGACUUCAAAAGUCGUAUAGAAUUUUUUUAUUUUUCUUUCAAUUUUUUUGAUGCUCGCCUUGUUACAGUACACAAAAGGAACGAGACGAAUGGUUUGACGAGAUUUCGAAGGCUUUUUCGUGUCGACGACUUUACCUCAGGAGGCAAAGUGAAGCCUUUUCCCGUCGGAGAGUCAACAAUCAGCAGGUGAGGGACAUUUUUUAUGAAUUUCCAAAAUUUAGUUCAGAGUAAUAUUUUGAAUGAUUGGAGUAAACCAGUUCUUGUUCAAAAGAAUAAUAUUUACCUCGUAGGAUACUGAACUACCUCAAUCGGCCAACGAAGAUCAGAACGACAUUUCGAGACCGACUUCCACGUCCAGACUUGCGCAGUACGAAGCCAAGUAUGAAAUUCUUCGUAUUUGGAACAAAUUAGAGCAAGUGGUUUUCCAGUUCGCAGUCGUCUUUGAACGAAGGAGUUUCAGAAGAGGUUUCCGUCCCUAGCACCCCUAUCGGUUCGUUUUCAGAGAAGCGAAAUUUUGUGAAAACAAAAUCAUCAAAAGAGUGAUCCGCAAGGCUUAGAUAUCGAAAUUUUUUGAAUCUAUUUCGUGAAGUUUUUUAUAAAGCGAGAUGCUUUCUGAUCGAUGAAAUGUCAAAAAAAGAGUGAACGUAAAAAAAUAUAAAUAUAUAAUCUCAUGUUUCAACUUUUUCAUUUGAUGCUACAUGAAUCAAUUCAGCUCAACUUUAACUCAUUAACUUUUUCUUCAGAUGACACAAUAAAUAUUUCGAAUGGAAAUUAUGGCGCGAUGCUGCCCCCAUCCGGAAUGGAAACAGUUAAAGGACGACGGAAAAAAAGUAAGUCUUCCAUGGAAGAUUAUCGAUUCAAAAUUAAUUAUAACCCUUUUUUCCAACCCAGCCUAAACUCCAAAUGGCGCAGAACAAGUCUGCGCCUGAAAAAUUUCUUUAAUUUCAAUAUGAAAAAAAUGUACCGUAUGAGGUGAAAUGAACAAAAUUUAAUAAAUACUUUCUCAAUUUUUCUCUCUUAGAACCGGUGUCUGAGGUUGUGAAACCCCUUUGGCUGCCAGACAAAAUAUCCAAGUUUUGUCUGAUGCGAGGCUGCGAAACGGAGUUCAGCCUUUUGCGACGACGACAUCACUGUCGCAACUGCGGAUGGGUAGGAAAAUCUCUUUCUAAAACAAAUUUUUUUUUUUGAAUAACUCUCUUAUAUUCAUUGUUUAAAUUGCAAAAAAACAACUUUGUUGAGAAAAAUAUGAGUUCGUUCAAUUUCGAAGAAAGAAAUAAAAACGCAACGGUAUUUUUACAGUUGAUCUGCAGCAGGUGCAAAGGGCUUGCGCCAUUGUCCAAGUUCCACUUUGAAGCUUUGAACGUUUGUCCGGAGUGUUAUGAACGCGUUGAAACUUCGUGUAAGCUUCAUUUCAACCAUUCAACCUCUUCAUCUCGUGUUCAGAAGAAGGAGGAGUUGAAAGGCUUCGUUUUUUAUCUCGCCGCUUUUACUAAAAACUAGUCAAUUUUGUAGAAUGAAAUUUUCGCCUUUCAAAACGCCUUUCUGAGAUUCAUAUUUUCGUAUGAAAUUUGAAUUUGCUCAUUGUUGUUUUACAGAUAGAAACGGCGAGCUUUUUCCGCCAUCUCGUCUCGUUCCAAUGGGCGACGGAAGUGUUAGAGUUCGAAUAAAGACCAAAGGGGUGAGAUUUGAAACCGUUCCCUAGUCUUCAUUAACUUAUUGUUGAAGCAAUCUUUUUUUUUGAGUUCAGCAGAACGAAAUUGUCGAUCCGCGAUCAUUGUUUCGCGAGCCGCAAAAUAGGAGGCUGAAAAAAAAGAACAUCGACGAGAAACAGGAGUUGGGACUCGCUUUCGGUAAAGUCUACAUCAGGUUUGUGCAAUGAAAGUUUUUUUAAAACAAAAUAUAUCGUUUUUUUUUCAUUUUCGUGUCGUUUACUGAAAAUUUCAAGACAGGUUCACCUGUUUUUUGCAUUUUCAAUGUAAGAAUACAUGUGCAAUCGACUUUCAUUGAGUUAACUGUGUUUGAACGGCGGUAGGAGCUGUGGCUUAAGCAGAGAAGUUUUGAAUUUCGCUCGUAGAACAUCAGGUACAAGAGAGGCUUUUUUCCUCCAUCACCACUUUAUCAUGUCGCUAGGAAACUUUGCGAAGUUUCCGAAUAAUUCUUUUCCGAAUUUUUUUCCUCGAUCAACUUUUCGUUUUGAAUCUUCCUAUAUAAAAUAGGUAGGUGAGUCAUGAUUAAAACAGAUUAAACAGCGAAAAAUUGUAAUAAGAUCAUUAAUAAACCGAAAAAUAUUAGAGAAAAAGUCGGAGCGGGAUUAGUCGGAAAGUAUCAACAAAUCGGAAAAGACGCCGUUCAAAAAUACGCUGAUUUUUUUUUUCUCAUACCACCUUCGGAUUUGCUGUAUUUUUGGUCUUUCGAUCAGUCUUUGUCGCAUUAGAAGCGCUGUAAUUGCUGACACUACUAAACGAAAAAAACACCUUUGAUGAAAGUUUAAAAAAGGGGCCAAUGAACUUGUUUUCGAGAGUUGCGUUUCCUAAAUUAUCAGAAAUUAUUGGGUUUUUUUAUUCUUAUUUAUCUUAUUCUUAUGUGAAAUUCGAAAUUUAAAUGACUUCGUUCAAUUCAAUAUCUGGAAAAAAUGGAGAACCGACUCAGAACUUUCUCAAUGAUUUCACAUUUGUGACAGGAAUAUUUUCAGAAACAAAAAAGGCGGCGAGGUUCUCCGAUACGGAUUGUUGACGGAAGACCAACGGCUGCUUUUCUACGAAGCCGAGCAGGUUCGACUCUCCUUAAUUGCAUGAUUGUGACGUCUCAUGAUUAACUGGAUAAUUUUUGAUUGCUACGCGAUUUUCUGAGUUAUUCCUGAUUUUCUGAGCUUUAAUCGUCUUGCAUAAUAUUUAAUUGAUUACUGAUGUCUCUGACGUUGCCGCUCACUGUAGUUGUUCACUUAAAAAUGUUUUUUUGAAUGCGUUUUUCCUGGCAGUAAAUUGACUUCAGAGUAUAUUUCUAAAGUUUCUAAAGUUACAUUUUGAUAACUGCAAAAAAGUCAUAGGCAACGUUUCAGAUUACAAAAACAAUGUUUUAUUCGAAAAAUAUUGAACGGAAUGAAAUUCACAUUAUUUCGUUUCAAUAAGUUUCUCGCUUCAAUCGCUCAAAAAUUCGUUUCCAAAAAGUUAUCUAUAGAAAAUGUGAUGGACUCUGGGCUUGGGACAAAAGCACGUUAACUUGCGUGUCAGGCUGUCCUUUGGAGCGCAGUCGGAAGUUCUCAACUUCUCUUCAUGAAUAAUUCGAAUAUAACAAGAAUGCAGAUUUAAAAAAAAAAUUAAUAAUCGAACGAUUUAAAUUUUUUUGAAUUGAUUUAUUUGUUAACAAGUUUGGAAAAAAUUCACGAAUAAACUAUUGCUCGAGUUGACUUUUUUCCGAUCUGACGCGGUUAAACGACUUCAAAUUGAAAACUGGUUUGAAGGACUCGAAAGCGGUAGAGGAAGUGUUGGUGCACGGGUUCACGCUGCGGGAGUCGAAUGCCGAGCGCGGCGUUCUCUUCGAGUUGAUCCAUCGGAAUCAGAUACGCACCUCCGACACCAAGGACAGGAUCGUGCAGUUCCGCGUCGACGCCCACAGCUCCGCCAAGUCGGUUUCCCCUGCGGAUAAUUCCAAUCACAGCUAUUUCAGAUGGUCAACUGCCCUACAGUCUAUCCUCCAAACAGAGUCAUAA